UCGUAAAACCCAGAGAGGCUGGUGUUGAAAAAGAGUCGAAACAGAACCCAUUGUGGUUGUUGGAGAGGAGUGAGCUGCUGCCUGAGAGAAGAAAAGGGGCAAUUCCGUGGCCACAAAGGCACUCAUGAUACGCGGACAGAUAUGGACGUAAAUGCAAAACAUAGACGUUGUUGUCUAUUGUGAAGAGGACCGCGUCGUCCAGUCGGAAAGAUCCGGUAUAUGAAGAGUUAAGACUCGACAUCUCAACUGUUUAUUUCAGCAGCUAGCAGGCUAGCUGGCUACAUACCUAGGAGCUAGACACUGGAAGCCCGUGUUGAGUUUGCUUGAUAGAGAUUUUCGUCGAGCUUUAAAGAAACUAGAAAUCCUCGACUGUGAUCCAGAGAAGCAGAAUCCGGCUUCUUAAGUAGCUGCAACUUUAAAGAAUGAUCUCAACGGAGCGCUAAGCAUUUUACUACUACAGAGCCGAAGAGGAGGAAAAGUCGUACAGGCCUCCUGGCUCCAGGUUGGACACAAGCACCAAGAAGGGAGAACAUGACUCACCGGCCCCUGCCAGGAACUGGCACGGGGCAGCUGUGCCAACCUUCCCCCUUCCUCCCACUUUAGAAGUUAACCCCUGUACACCAUGACGGAGAGGCAUUGAGGUUAGCUCCCCGACGAUCAUCUCAAUACCUCUCCUCCUCCCUAUCCCUCAAGACCCCCUGCCCCCGCCCCAUCCCAAACAUGCUGCGCUUCCUGCCCCUCAAACUUGGCCGCCUGUACCGCUGUCUCAAGCUUCUGUUAGUGCUGGGAUUAUUUGUCGUCUUGUUGAUGAACACCCACAACCUGUUUGCCUCCUUCCAGAAGAAUGAGCUCACCGACAGACGCUUCAUCAACCUUAAUAAGUGUCCGGCCUGCUUCGGCACCAGCUGGUGUCGGAAGUUCAUGAACGGCCAGGUUUCCUUUGAGACCUGGGGUCGCCUGCGAUUCCUAGAUGUUUUUAAUGUCAAGAAUGUUUACUUCGCUCAGUACGGCGAGCCCAGAGAGGGUACCCGCCGUGUGGUGCUCAAACGGCUCGGCUCCAACCAGGAGCUGGCUGAGAUAGACCAGAAAAUCUGCAAGAGGGCCACGGGCAGGCCCAGAUGCGACCUCAUCCAAGCGAUGUACAAGACUGAAUUUGCUCGGAUAAACGGUGAUGUGCGUCUGCUCACUCCAGAAGUAGUGGAGGGCUGGUCAGACCUGGUGCACUGCCCUUCUCAGAGACUGCUGGACCGCGUGGUUCGCAGGUACGCUGAGACCAAAGACUCAGGCAGUUUCCUACUUAAGAACCUCAAGGACACUGAGAGAAUGCAGCUCCUCAUGACCUUGGCAUUCAACCCGGAACCACUUGUACUCCAGAGCUUUCCCUCAGACGAGGGGUGGCCAUUCGCCAAGUACCUGGGAGCGUGUGGGCGCGUGGUAGCUGUCAACUACGUGGGCGAGGAGCUGUGGAGCUUCUACAAUGCGCCCUGGGAGAAGAGAGUAGACUUGGCGCGGCAGCUGAUGGACAUCGCCGAGCAGUUAACCAACAACGACUUUGAGUUUGCCCUCUACCUGCUCGAUGUCAGCUUCGAUAACUUUGCAGUCGGCCCGCGGGACGGAAAGGUCAUCGUUGUCGAUGCAGAGAAUGUCCUGGUGGCAGACAAGAGGCUGAUCAAGCAGAAUAAGCCAGAAAGCUACGACGUGUGGUACGAGAGCCGCUUCGAGGAGUGCGACAGGGAGGCCUGCCUGUCUUUCUCCAAGGACUCCCUGUGCUCCAGGGUUACCGUGGACCACAACUACUAUGCCGUGUGCCAGAACCUGUUGUCUCGGUACGCUACGUGGCGGGGCACUACCGGAGGCCUCCUCCACGAUCCCCCCGCCCACAUAGCCAAAGAUGGACAACUAGAUGCCCUGUUGGAUGAAUGCACCAAACCUAAAAAGCGCUACGGCCGCUUCCAGGCGGCCAAGGAACUGCGCGAGUACCUCACACAGCUAGCUGCGGCUUCCUCAUCUUCUACAGCUAGGUAAUGAAUGGAGUCGGCGUCAGCCCAAUGCACUGAGAGACUGGACCCCAUCCCCGAACUCUCAGAGAUCCUGGUUCUUGUACAUGAUGUCAUUCGCUGCCCUUUGCACUGGAGUAGGAAGGUAUUCUAGGUUUUGCAUCAGGAAGUGUAAGAGUCAAACAUGAAAGCAGAUUUGUAAAAGCUCUAGCUUUUACUUGACUUUGCUCCUGUGUGAAACUGGAGUGUGGCGCCAAGAGAUUCUGCUUAGAACCAGGAUAGAGAAGGGGAUAAAAGUAACCCCCUGCACUCCACGGGUGGGCCUGCCAUCUUCUGUUGGGGGGAGGGGGAAGAAAGGGCUCUGGUAAACGCAUUCUUCACCUGAUCCGAGCUAACGCAAACCAGAGCGUCCAAGCUACAGCAGCAGCAGCAGCAACAUCGCACAACCCUGACCACAUCCAUCCUCCUGUUCACUCCUCAAUCCAUCAGAACUGUUGUGUUUUGUAGCACCGAAACUUAACACCUGUUUGAUUUUACCCCCAGGAUCUGUUGUUUUAUUUCUUUGUUGUUUUUUUUUCCUUUCAGGGUUGAAUUUAAGUAGAUCUGUGCGUUUACAUUUUGCUCUGCCAUGGCUUUUUUUCUCUGUGUAGCAUGGCUGCAGGGAAAGCGGAGGUAGCAUGAAUCUCCUGCUGUCAGGCAGCAGGGAAGGCCAAGCUCCGGCAGGUAGAGAGCAGAGGCAGGGGGCUUUCAUGCAGGAGGAAAAGAAAACCCUUGGCAGCUGUAUAGGUCUAAUUUCCUGCUACUCUAAUCAAUCACUCGAUUUCCAGGUUCCAAGAUUGUGGCAAUCAUCUUUUUUUUUUUUUUAUAUAUUUUUUUCUUUCCUUUUAAUAGGAACCAGAGAGAGUGAGACAGCUGCACAUAGGAUUAGAAAGGGGAUAAUUGGACGGUGGUAGUCCCUUGAUGCAGAUGUGUCCAUACCAAAGAGGCUAUGAGUAAUAUUAAAAAGUGUAAGCAGUACAGUGACAGCACCUUUCCCUCCAGUAGAGCUGUCCAAAGGAUCCUUAAUGUGUGCACAGUCUUCUACCAGUCUGCAUGCCAAGCAUCAAAUUAGGAGGAAACCAAACUGAAAAUGGUGACUAAAAGCAAGUUAGGAAUAAAUUGAUACAUGGCAGGACAAGAAAACAGUAUAAAACCACAUAAUUGUGGCCUCCAGUGCCAGAUUCUGAUAAAUGAAACCUUUAGAUCAGAGUGCAGUGAGCUCUAUCAAGUGAAUGUUCGAAAAGGGAACAGAGAUAUCGUAAAUGACUUCACUGCUCCACAAACUGGAUUCUGACCCGCACUUCAAAUUUUGCAGCCUAGAAAUUUCCGUUGAAUAUUUUAACACUCGGCACCACUUAGAGGUUGGGUUGAUUUUACACUCAGCGGACCAACAAAUUAAAGCAUGAUCACAAAAAAUCCGGGCUCAUUUAGUAAUGGAACAUGAGAGACGUUAGCUUGAAUAGCGCGUCCCUUCUUCAGCUCUGUGUGCCGUGUAUGUCAGCUGCCUUGACGUCGGGGAUCAGAGUCUAAACGCCCAGUGAAGUGUUAUGUAGCACAGUCAACAGACAGGCCAAUUAUCAAGUAAACAUGAGCCACUCCAUCUGUGGGGAAACUGGGGAGAGAAGCUCUGCUUUUCCUGGGAUGUUCUGCUUGACCCAGGAGGUUGUGGUGACCCAUGUCUGUCCGGAAAAGCAAUAAAGACAAGUUUGGCUGACGGUUUCUGGUUUUUGUCUUAUCACAUAUACUGUAUCUGUUUUCCCCCAAACAAACAAACUGGAGGAUGUUCCACAUGGAGGGAUUUGUAUGUGCGUAACUAACUGUCCACUUUUGUACUGUAAUUUUUCUUUUGAGUAUUAUAUCAGCAUUGUCUGAUUUUUCCUGUGCCUUUCAUUCAAGAGUUGUAUUUACAACUUUUAGUGGGUUUAAAUCUUAAAAAUAAAUGAAGAUAUAUAUAUAGAUAUAUACA